UAAUAUAAAAAAUAUUUUUGUAUUAUUAUUUAUUUUUGAACACAUUUAAAUAUGUUUUUUUACGCGCUUACAAAAAUUUACGUUACUGCGCAUGUGUGAAAUUUCUCCACGUGCUGAUUGCUGGUUGCUGAUAGAUAAAUAAGAUUUUCUAACCUUAAAAAACGUUGCUUUCAACAAUAAAACUUUAUAUUAAAAUUCUUUUUUUACAAAUAAAAUUAAGCGAAUUGCAUCAAGAGAUUUUAGAAUAAAUGUAAGAAAUUGAUUUAAAAUAAAAUUGAAUUACUCUGGCCUUAUACUACAAUGGACAACGAAUCGAUAGACGCGUGUGAGAAGGAAUUAGUAGCAGAAAUUACAAAAUUACGUGAAUUGUUGCGCAUGAAAGAGACUAAGUUAGCUCAUUUGCGAUGUCAAAGACAAGUCACACAAGAAUAUGGUUUAAACAAUGACGAAAUUUGUAGAUACAGUCGACAACUCUUUUUGACAGAAGUUGGCGUGAAGGGUCAAAAGAAACUAAAGGAUAGCUCUGUACUUAUUGUAGGAGCUGGUGGCCUUGGUUGCCCAGCCGCACUGUAUUUGACAUGCGCUGGCAUUGGUCACAUUGGCAUCGUAGACUAUGAUGAUAUUGAAAUAAACAAUCUUCAUAGACAGCUAUUGUACACAGAAACAAACGUUGGUACCGCCAAAGUGAUUGCAGCGGCUGAAAAUCUUAAUCGGCUAAAUAGUUAUGUAAAGGUCACGCCGUAUAAAAUCCAAUUAGACAGUAAAAAUGCUUUGGAUAUCGUAAGGAAGUACGAUGUUGUAAUAGAUGCGACAGACAAUGUAGCCACUCGCUAUCUGUUAAAUGAUGCAUGUGUUUUGAGCAGUAAACCACUGGUUUCUGGCUCAGCACUGAGAUUUGAAGGACAUUUGUCAGUGUUUAAUUAUAAUAAUGGCCCUUGCUACAGAUGCAUAUUUCCUGAGCCACCACCACCAGAAACUGUAACAAACUGUGGGGAUGGAGGUGUUCUUGGUGCAGCUGUGGGAACAAUUGGUGUAUUGCAAGCAUUAGAAACAAUGAAAAUAAUACUUGAUAUGCCCGACAUAAUUUCGGGACGAUUAUUAUUAUUCGAUGGAGUGGAAACUAAAUUCCACAACGUACGCUUACGUCCAAAGAAUGUAAAUUGUGCAAUUUGCGGAGAACAUCGCAUUAUAAAUGAAUUAAUAGAUUAUGAAAAAUUCUGUGGCGCAAAGGCUAAUGACAAAGAGCCUAAUUUAAAUUUACUGAAGAAAGAAGAGAGAAUAUCAGUUGAGGAAUACAAUCAGAUUACUGAAAUUGAAUCAAAACCUCACGUACUAAUCGAUGUACGUUCACCUGAAGAAUAUCAAAUCUGCCAUUUACAGGAUUCUAUUAAUAUUCCUUUCACACAGUUAAGCAAGGAUCAUAAUUUAAAGCUAAUAAAGGACAGUAUAAAGAAAAUGCAAGAAGAACAUCAUUCAGUAGAUUUGUAUCUUCUGUGUAGGCGUGGUAAUGAUUCGCAAAAAGCUGCUCAAUAUCUAAAAAAAGUAUUUACCGAAGAUACCUUAAAGAUAAGAGACAUAAUUGGAGGUAUUCACGCUUGGAGCAAUAAGAUCGAUCCAAAGUUUCCAAAAUAUUAAUGUACUAAUAUAUUUUUAUUGAAUAGUAUAGCAUCAGGCUAAUGUAAUAUAAAAAUUUGCGUUCUUAGAUUUUCAUAUAAAUAACUAUAGAAAAUAUAUAUCUAAAA